AUGAAAACGUUGUGUAUUGUGCUUGUCUUUGCAGCAUUGGUUGGUGCUCUAGAGUAUGAUCAAGGUAAGAUGACUUACAAUUUUAGUUUUUUUAGCAAGGCAAAGGCAGGGCAAAGGGAGCGCAAACGCAAUGCAAAAGCAAGGCAAAGGCAGGGCAAAGGCACUGCAAAGGCAAGACAAAAGCAAGGCAAAGGAAGGGCAAAGGCUGAACAAAGGUAGGGCAAAGGAAGGGCAAAGGCAGAACAAAGGUAGGGCAAAGGCAAGGAAAGGCAGAACAAAGACAGGGCAAAGGCAGGGCAAAGGCAGGGCAAAGACAGGGCAAAGGCAGAGCAAAGGCAGGGCAAAGGCAGGGCAAAGGCAGGGCAUAGGCUGGGCAAAGGCAGGGCAAAGGCAAGGCAAAGCAAAGGCAGGGCAAAUUAGUAUCUGAAAACACAUGUAAUAACUGUUUUUAGAAACCAGUAAAGUCACAUUAACAGUCGGUAAAGAAGAAAAGAACGAUUUGAAGUUUCAGUUGACACUAGCCAAUGAUGAUAUCCUAGUAUUUGGUCCUGAAUGUAAAGAAGACUUUAGUUGUUCUCAACAUGGGCAUCCGUACUAUGAUGCUGCGUAAGUUAAAAAGCUUAAAAAGUAAAACAAAUUUUAGAAAAGACAAACACGCAUUGGAAGACGGUGAAAAUAAAUGGACCUUAUUUAAAACGAAGCUUGCCAAAGAUCUUGAAAUAAAUGUAAGUUGACUAGAAAUGAAAGAAGAACCGCUAAGCUCACUCUAGCCUGCCUUUAGCUUAAUCCUGAAUCCGGUUGAGCAAAACUAAAACAACUUAAGGAGGUUAGGCAGGGUAGUUUUGAAGACCGGAGCCCGGCAUAAAAAACGCAUAAUAGACUCCAGGAGCUUAGCUUGGGUUCCGCAACAAAAGAUUUAACUUUUUUAGGUUAAAAAGUUUUAAAUAUAUUUAAAUUUUAAAAGCAAAAUAAUUGCUCAAAGUUUAAUGAAAGAUUCAUUUAGGGCGGUGCCAAAACCUCAAAGCUGGAUGUGAAUGUUAUUGUAGGUCUUGUCGAUGAAACAAACAAGGGCAAUGACUACUCUUUUGACGCUUCGUUGGGCCUCAAAUCAGGAAAAGAUAAACCGUUUGACAAACUUGUUUCUGCCUAUGGAAGGAACGAUCAAUACUUGCUUCUCGUGCCUAAGUUAAAAUGUAGGUAUACGUCUUUUAUGACUUUUUGAUUUUAACUAGCUUGUGCUUUAGUUAUUGUGUGUUACUUUAAAUUUGUUUUCAGGAUAACAAUAGUACACCACAAGCUUUCUUAGGUGCUGGGCUAAAAAAAUUUUGUGGCAAAUUUACUCUUGUUGAAUCGACUUCAGAUGUUUGGACUAAUGACUUUACGUAGGUUAAAAAGUUUUUUUGUACGACUUAAACUCGCCCACUAUUUUUUUGAAAUAAUAAAAAAAUUUAUAAGAAAAUUGAAAAAAAGUAGAACGUGGUCCCCCUAGUUAAAAAAAAAAUUUUUUUUAUAAUUUAAUUUUUAAAAAAAUUUUUAUGUCCAUGCCACUUUUUUCUUUGCUGUUCUUAAUAUCAACAAUUUCCAGCUACAAAAUCGAUGCCAAAGACGUCACGUUCAAAGCAGCUGCAGCUUUCGAAGACAAAUAUGUUGCCAGUACAAAAGCUCUUUCCCUCUUUGGUAAAGCCAAAAUUACUGAAGACGACUACAAAGAGUUAACAAAGUUUAACGUCAAAUAUGGCGAUGUUGAGUAAGAAAUCAAUCCUCAAGAUGUAUACAAGCAAAACCCAGACAAAACGUAUACAAGAGAGGUCACUGUUGGUGAUAAACAAGGGUUCGACUUGGGAUUGCCAAAUUCAUUGUUUGAAAAGCAUUGUUUAAAACUGGCAAAAGAUGGUGACAAAUACAAGGUUGGAUUGGCUGAACGACACAAUGGAGUUGGCUUUGCUGCUGCGAGUUUGGCUGCUUUGAUGGAAAUGUUUGCUUUGUUACAGUUGUGA